UCCGAUUUAUAGAGAUGGAAACUGAAAUACUCUUCGAUAGAUAAAAAAAAAACUCUCCGAUAUUAAUAGCUAAGGAACACAACUUGGUUAGCGAGCCCGUAGGUGACAAUUGUUGGUUUCUAAUAUCUCACAAGCGAGAGAGAUUUCUGACAAACCAAUUAAUUUAACGCCCGACAACAACAAGAAUAAAACGUAAAAAUAACAAUGUGGAAAUUUAUCAAACGAAACUUUUCACAACUAUCUCUCUUUUAGAACACGUGGGCGAGUCAACGCCCGGCAGUGAUAUUAAUAAUCUCUAUAAGAUUUAAGAGAUAUCAGACUUCCUUGAAGAAGCAAUGACCAUCGCUUGUAUUAUUAAAAAGUAUCGCGACGUCACGAUCGUUCCGAUCGAUUCUAUGCCGUGAUAUAAUAUACCAUGCUUGAUCAUGAAGGGAUGACGAGAAUCGUUCGUCGUACAACCGUCUCGCAUCCCCGACGACACCAAUAAAACCGUCGGUGCCCCCGAUGAUCGUCGCGAUGGGAUUUCCAUCGAACGCGACCGAUCUACCAUUCGAUUACUUGGACUACACCGGGCCGACGAACGCGUCGUCCGUGGGCGCGGAACUGAACUUGCCGUACACCGUCUGCGAGAUCCUGGUCGCGAUUUGCGCUGUCUUCGGCAACGGCCUGGUGAUCAUCGUCUUCGGUAAGGAGCGGAAACUACGAAGACGCACCAACUACUACAUCGUUUCGCUGGCUACGGCUGAUCUUCUGGUUGGACUGUUCGCGAUCCCAUUCGCGAUCCUCGCGAGCAUCGGCCUGCCGACGAAUCUCCACGCCUGCCUCUUCACCGUGUCGGUCCUUGUCGUCCUCUGCACCAUCAGCAUCUUUUGCCUGGUGGCGGUGUCCGUCGAUCGUUACUGGGCGAUACUGUAUCCCAUGGGAUACUCGCGCACUGUACGCACUAAAACUGCCAUAGGUAUAAUAUGCGCAUGCUGGGUAGCGGGCACUCUGGUAGGCUUCUUGCCGCUUUUUGGAUGGAAUGCCGGCGAGAUGAACGAUCACAGGUGCAUCUUCACAAACGUCAUGGACUACGACUACCUCGUGUUCCUGUACUUCGCCACAAUUAUCUUCCCCGCACUGCUGAUCGCGGCUUUCUACGCUCACAUAUAUCGAGUAAUCGUGAAACAGCUACAGCAAAUCGUCACGAUGGAUCCCAGUGAUCCAGGAGGUGGUGGUACCGUUCGCCGUCUCGGCGUCCUUCGUCUCGGUGGCCGCUUGGGCGGUAAUCAUCACCAGACGACGGGAACAAUGCUACGUUGUCUAGGCGCUGCGCGUAAACGGGAAGUCAAGGCCACGCAGAAUCUUUCCCGCAUCGUCGUCUUCUUCAUCGUUUGCUGGUUUCCGCUGUAUACGAUAAACUGCGUGAUGGCCUUCUGCCCGCGGUGCGAGGUUGACGACUUCUUCAUGAAGUUCUGCAUCAUCCUCUCGCACAUCAAUUCAGUCGGCAAUCCGCUCCUUUACGCCUACCACCUCAAGGACUUUCGCAUCGCCCUCAAGAACUUCGUCUGGAGGCUGCUUUUCCCGCAUAGCGAUGUCAAGUCCAGCGUGAUCAGUGUGAUCCACGAUCGGGGUUCCCUCGUCGGUUCGCAGAGGCAGCUUCAGAGGCGAUUCAGCGGCUUUGAUCAACCGAGGAGUCAGAGGCCGAGCUUGCUACGCCAGGUGAUUGAUAGCAACAGAAGAAUGGACGCGUACUCUGAAAGGCGUGUCUCGUUAAUCCCACAGAAAGAAACGCGCCAAAACACUACGGACAUUAGCAUUACAGUCGGAGGUGCGAUUCUAAUGAGCAACUCCACGCCGAUGAACAAAUGGAUGAACGAGAAGGAAUUAGCCAGCGACGGCGACAUCGUCGACCGCGCCGACGAUGCGACCGAUCAUGGAAUUUCCUCCUCGAUGGAACUGCAAACAUACAAGUCGCUGGCACCUCUUCUGCCCGCAGAGGAAGACCGCAUCGAGGAAACGCCGCCCGCAUCGAUCUUCGUUAUCGAGGCUGACGUGGUGAAUCAUGCCUCUCCUGAUCAUCUCCUGGUUCUGGAAGAAUCUCGGGACAGAAUCGACGUAGCGGGUGGCUAGUAGAGUAAUUGCGAGAGAAAAGAACUGGACAUUCUUUAAACGGAACUAAGACAUUUGAAGAUGAAAGACUUUUUUUCUUCAAACUUCCUUGAUGUGUCGAUUUAUUUUAUUAAUUAAUUACUCAUCGAGUGUGCCAUAUAGCUGAUAUCACACGUGUUUUAGUGUAAAUUUAAAUGAAUUAAACAUUAAAAUGGAGCGACAGUAAUACUCUAUUUGAAGCCUCAAACAAAAAGACAAAGCGACAAACGGAGAGUGAUGCGUCUGCGGCUUCCAUUUUUUAUUAUAUAUUGUAAAUAAAAUCUAAGUAGGACAGAUAAGAGAAACUUCUAUCCAGAGCAUCUAAGGAAAAAGGAACGUGUUUCCGAACGGCUGGCGAGGAUAAAAUGCCGUGUGUGGGAUUCACACAGGGAUUGCCAAGAGUGAUGAAUAUACGCAGAGGGGAAAAUAUACUUAAUGUUGUACAAUAGAACAGUGCACAUUGUGAUUAUGUAUCCACGCGUAUUUCCGCAGAACAUUUGCACGAUGCUUGUGCAAUACUCUGCAUAUCGUAAUUGGCAUAACUAGAUGAUCAACAUGCGCCAUUCCUCCCAUUUACUCUCAUACGCGAUAUUUACUAAAUUAUAUGCCCAUACGGCACAC